AUGCCGGCACGGGUUCUGCCCACCUUCACGGCCACCGAGGUCGAGGCGCAUAACAGCGCCAAUUCUUGCUAUAUCACCAUCGGUCGCAAGGUCUACGAUGUCACCGAGUUUGUGGAGGACCAUCCGGGCGGGGGUGAUUUGAUUCUAGACUAUGCCGGCAAGGACGUGACGGAAAUUAUGAAAGACGAGAUCUCUCACGAGCACACCGAAGCUGCCUAUGAGAUUCUCGAGGACUAUCAUGUUGGAUUCCUUGUCUCGGAGGGUAGCUCUUCGGGCAAAGCCAAAUCUACCGGGAUCGAUUCCGUCGUCUCGGAUGCCAGUCCCGUCUACCAAACCACUGGGAUGUCGAAGGAGGAAGACUUGUCUGUUGAGACCGAUUACAGCCAGGAUUUUAAGACGCACAAAUUCCUCGAUCUCAACAAGCCCCUGUUUGCUCAGUUGUGGUACAGCAACUUCUCCAAGGAAUUCUACUUGGAGCAGAUCCAUCGGCCCCGCCACUACAAGGGAGGCCAAUCCGCACCCCUCUUCGGCAACUUCCUCGAACCCCUCAGCAAAACCGCCUGGUAUGUGGUGCCCAUGAUCUGGCUGCCUCCUGUCGCAUACGGUACCAUGGUCGGAUCCCUCGGACUCGGCGACCCUUCUGCCGCUGCCGCGUACUGGAUUGGCGGUGUUUGUCUCUGGACGCUGAUCGAGUAUCUGAUGCAUCGCUUCCUCUUCCACGUUGACAAAUGGCUCCCUGACAACCGCGUUGGCUUGACCCUUCACUUCCUGCUCCAUGGUAUCCAUCACUAUCUCCCAAUGGACAAGUACCGACUGGUCAUGCCUCCAUCGCUGUUUAUUAUCCUGGCAGCUCCUUUUUGGAAGCUGGCCCAUACCGUCUUUUUCUACAAUUGGUUUGCGGCCGUUCAGGUCUUCUGCGGUGGCGUGUUCGGCUAUAUUUGCUAUGAUCUGACUCACUACUUCCUUCACCAUCGCAACUUGCCUCUGUACUACAAAGAACUGAAGAAGUACCAUCUUCAGCAUCACUACGCCGACUUCGAGAACGGAUUCGGCGUCACUAGUCGAUUUUGGGAUCGUGUCUUUGGUACUGAACUGGAGGCGCCGUCCCCCAAGGGCGCCAAGGCUCAGUAA